CCUUGCAGCUCGCCGGACCUGGCAGCUGGAGUGGAAGUUUCACCUUCACACUGAUCCAGAUCCAUCCAGAACUUCACUGCGCCAUCUCCGCCAUCUCCGCCGCCUUCGCACGGUGCCAUGGAGCCCGGUGGAGCGCCAGCGCCUCCUCCAGGAGGAUGGAAGCCUUUGGUGGCAAAAAAGGCUCCCUGGGAGCAUCGGCCUGCGCGGCAGGUGGCUCUUGAAGAGCGGUCAGCGGAGGAGGAGAGGCAGCAAGAGAAUGGAAGCUGGGAUCGCAUUAUGCAGCUUUACCAGGACUCCAAGGGCAGCAACUUCGACGAGGACAAGGACGUGAUCGUUUAUGACGUGGACUUCGAUCUCCAGGUACCGUCGGUGCAACUGAAGGAGCUGGCAAGCUUGGAGGAACUCCGGGCAGAGCUCCAGAGGACGCCAAUGGCCACUCCACCAUUUGCGAAGGCGUGUGGGUUUGCACGGAGGCCGCAGAUCUGCAUGUUGGGCCCACACACUUACAAGAAGCAGGAGCAGCAGGUCAGCGUCUUCCCAGUGCUGGACCCCUCUCAGGAGCGCGUGGUGCCUCUGGCCAAGUGCGCGAUCUAUCGAAAAGGGAGCCUCGCGUGAGAUCGCCGGAACAUGCGUGCCAAGAAGCGUCCAGCGUUCCCCAG